AUGCAGCGAGGCGGCGAACCGAGGUUGUGCAACACCGCAGCGGACUGUGGCGAUUCUGACGGAGGAGAUGCGGACGGAGGCGGCGCGACGCGACGCCCUCCUCUUCCGGCGAGCCCUUCUGUGACCAGCAGCAACGCCGCGAGCCCGUCCCUCGCCGUGAACCAGUCCCGUCGCACAGCCACUCCUCCUCGCCGGGAGAAGCUCCUCAGCCGCGACGGGAGCGAAUUUAUGAGAAUCCGACUUCAGGCGAUUGAGGGUGAAUGCACCCGACGACAGCUAAUCUCGAUAGGUCCGGUUGUGGGCAGGAGAACUACAUCAUCCCGCCCUUCACGGCGAUUCGAGCAUCCCGCGAUUGAAACCAAGCCGAUGACGAGAAUGCCGACGUCCACCAGAUUUUCCAGCGACGGGACCAAC